CUAGACGAAGCCUCUCUCAUCACCGCUCUGUCCCCAAACUCGUAAGCCCCCUCUCUUUUGCCUUCGAGUUUCCCUACAGGCCACGAUAUUAAAAUCAAGUUUCUGGGUAAGGCCUGGAAAAAUUGCAUUUGCAAGGGUAUAGAAAUCACACACAAGUGUCAAAACUACCAACAAUAUGUCGGGCAGGAAAGAAACUGUCUUGGAUUUGGCUAAGUUUGUAGACAAAGGUGUGCAGGUCAAACUCACAGGUGGUAGACAAGUCACAGGGACCCUAAAAGGAUAUGACCAACUACUAAAUCUUGUCCUGGAUGAAGCUGUAGAGUUUCUUCGAGACCAGGAUGAUCCAUUGAAGACUACCGAUCAGACUAGGCGUCUUGGUUUGAUAGUUUGUAGGGGCACAGCGGUUAUGCUGGUGUCACCAACUGAUGGCACAGAUGAGAUUGCCAAUCCUUUCAUCCAGCCAGAUGGAGCCUGAUCUGAUCCCUCUUCAAAAUGGCCGCAUUGCAUCCCUUCGCUGUUACAUUCGUACAUUUUCAAGUCUGCUUUUCUCUGUGCAUGUUUUUAUAUCUUGAAAGCUAUCAACACCAAAACAGCAAACCUUAGUAUUUCGAAGUUGAAGCACCGUAGUCACCAGUAUAGCAUUGGGGUGUUUAAGAGAAUCAUUUUAGACACUGUCGACGAAAAAUGUUAGAACAAAUGUCUGACUUUUGGCACUUUAUUACGUUUGUCCCUUGAGUGCUUACUAUUACUUGUAUUUGGACUUUAGGCAUAAUUCACUUGCCCGUCUGCA